AUGACAGUCCAGAGGCCUUUCCGUUUGGCUCAUGGAACAACAACCCUGGGUUUCAUCUUCCAAGGUGGGGUAAUAGCAGCAGCAGACACACGUGCCAGUGCCGGGGGGCUUGUUGCCUGUCCGGCUGUUCAUAAGAUCACCCCUAUGCACUCUCAUCUAGUGGUCACAUCUUCUGGUAGUGGUGCAGAUUGCAUGCUGUGGGAGAGAAUUCUGAUUAGAGAGAUCAGACUGUACCAGUUACGGCAUGGACAUCGCCUUUCAAUACGUGCCACAGCUAAGCUCCUUUCAUCUAUGCUCCAUCCUUUUAAAGGUACUGAAAUGUGUGUUGCUCUUACACUGUGUGGUUGGGAUAAGAGCGGUCCAAAGCUUAUAUAUGUGUGCAGUGACGGAGCCCGACUGCAGGGAGAUGUCUUCUCUGUGGGCUCAGGCUCACCUUAUGCUUAUGGAGUCUUGGACAGAGAGCUGAGGUGGAGCCUGAGUAAAGGAGAAGCCAUCUCAUUGGCAAGAGAAGCAGUGUUCAGGGCCACUCACAGGGAUGCCUACUCGGGGAACAAUGUGGACCUUUUCCACAUCACAGCACAAGGAUGGAGCCAGAGAAAGAGAGAGGACUUGAAAGAAGAAUAUUACAGAGAUAAAGAAAAGAAGGGAAAGAAAAAGAAUGACAAACUCAAAUAA